UGUUGGAGAUUGGGCGAAGUGAAACCACCACCAUUCCUAUGGGAAUGCUCGGUAGCUUCCGAUUACUCUGCAGCUGCCAUUGCCACCGUUACUGACGAUGUGGAACGUUGCUCAUGGGGCGCACACGCCCACAAUCACUCUUAUCCAUAGACCAACCAUUUUCUGUUCUAUCGGUUUCACUGUUGCCGCCUGUAAGCUUCCUCUCCGCCGCGGGAAAUGGAAGCCAAGGCAAAUAAUUGCAGUUUCCUCGGCUUCUCUAACUCAUUCCAACACCGUUCAUUCGGUCUCUUUAUCAAAUUUAGGGCCAAGCGAGGAGCAUCGUCAGCUCCUUCCUCAGAUUUCGGAGGAAGAUUUUGUAGUUGUUAAUUUCUACCAUUUUGUGUUCAUUGAAGAUCCCCAAGCUGAGGUCUCAAAGCAUCUCUACUUCAUGAGGGACUUGGAUAUACAUGGCCGAAUCUACCUAAAUGAACAGGGAAUUAACGCACAGUACAGUGGGCCAUCAAAACAUGCUCUUGCUUAUGCUAACUGGUUAAGAGAAGAUCCCAGAUUUUUGGAUAUCCUAGUUCAAGUUUCUCCAGCAAUAGAUGGCCAUGCAUUUCCAAAGUUGAAGUUGCGUUAUAAGCCCUCACUUGUACAAUUGGAAGGAGAUUUUUCACAUGUUUCUUUACUUGACCCAUCAAAGCGAGCAAUUCCUCUAACUCCAUCUGAGUGGAGAAAAAGAUUGGAAACAUUGAAUGGCAAGAGGGAUACAAAGUAUAUUUUAUUGGAUAUUAGAAAUGGAUACGAGUGGGACAUCGGUCAUUUCCAAGGUGCUCAGCGGCCUACUGUGGACAGCUUUAGGUACACGUCCUUUGGUUUAUCCCAAACCAAGGAUGCUGCUUCUGAUCCUUUGGCAAAUGUUGACAAAGAAAAGACAGAGGUAUUGAUGUAUUGCACUGGGGGUAUCCGUUGUGAUGUAUAUUCGACAAUUCUAAGGGAAAGAGGGUUUCAAAACCUCUACACCUUAAAAGGUGGAGUCUCUAAUUAUCUAAAAGAUGAAGGUAGCAAGCAGUGGGUUGGAAAUUUGUUCGUGUUCGACUCGCGACUCUCACUCCCUCCAUCAGCCUACAACCCCGAAACCGAAUCAUGCAGUACCCCUCAAUUCUCCGGAAAUAAUGCUUUUGCCAGAUGCUAUAUUUGUAAUUCCCAGGUUUCUCAAUUAAGGCAUCGUAAUUGUGCGAAUCUUGACUGCAGUCUACUAUUUCUAUGCUGUAAAGAGUGCGUGAGCGAGUUGAGAGGAUGCUGCUGUUCAGAAUGCACGAGUUCGCCUCGUCUUAGACCUGUUUUAGCAGGCCCUCAAAGGUAUCAGAAAUGGCACAUCUACCGCGACUUUAAACAAGAACAACCAACCUAAUUUCUGUAUCAAAACCUACAACUGUUAUCUUUUCCUGAUUUAUAACCUUUUGUUUUAGAUAAAAGAAUGGGAUUCGAAAAGUCCUGUAUGUUAUUUUGGAGUUUAAUAGAUAUUGAUUGUGUCAUGAAAUGGAUGAUCUCCGUUGAAUAGAAAGUUUAGUACUUCAUUA